AUGCGCAAAGGUCGUGUCUUUUAUCGAUUGUUUGUCAUCUCAGACGACAACAUUGUAGAUGAUGAGUCCGAUGACAAUGCCAUGCAUCCUUCGUCCUCAUUGAAGGAUGUUGGUGCUUGGGACAUCUUUCAGGAACACCUAACGACCGACAUGUCAUUCGAGGAAAUGCUAGAAAAGUUGCGUGCUUAUCUUGGGGUCAGAUAUUGCGAAGAGGAUUGGAAGGAGGCGGUAGACUCUCUGUUCACUGGGGACGGCGAUAUCAACAUCGCGUUAGAUAACCUUGCGAGCAUCAAAGAACGCCACAUUCCAUCGGGAGGAACCUCGACUAACCUCUUGUCAAGUCGCCCUUCCAACAGUUUUAUAGAUGCACUCGAGGACAUUGAUAAGCGGUUCGGGCAAGGGGCUGUGAGGCCAUCACGUAUCAUCUCGGAUGAGGGAGACUGCAAUAUAGAACGAGACGUUGUGCCCAGAACAUCAGGUGAAUGGGUUGUAACAGUGCCUGCGACUUGCAGCAUCAAAGACAUCAUUUCUCGCGAUAUCCAUCAAAGCAUUCGGCCUAAAAAAUUAUACUCAUCCAACACUUCCCGGACACUUACUCCGGAUACUAGUGUUGCCAUUCCUGGAUGGUAUCGCAUGACACAUGGUGCAUACAAUCGCGAUAUAGCGUAUGGGCUAUCAUAUGAUGAUCCUACAAAGACUGUCAAGUUGUUAGUAGCCUCCAGACGACUGAACGACCCAAGAGACAUUGGCAAGCUCAGACAGGAACAUCGCCUGCUUGAGCACCCUGCUGGUGUGGACCACUACAAAUACCGAGGUCAAGAAUACAUCCAUGGCCUGAUGUGCAUCAAACAGCACCUUACAGAUGUCAUCAGAAUACCCCUCCCUACUGCGCAGGACAUUGUCCUCCACAAGAAGUCGGGGUGCAACCCUGAAUUUGUCUCAGUCACCAUGCAUAUGUAUUCCGCUCAGUACUGGAGAGAAGGUGAUGAGGUGCGAGUUGUCUCUGGGGCUUUGUCAGGGACCUGGGGCAUCAUACUGGAUGUUCAGAUCAAUGAUGGCACGGCACUGGUGGAUCUGGCCUGUGUCCCAGGGUCGAAUAGCGCACUUAUCGAUAUAGAUGCACCAGUCUCAUCUCCCAUUGCAGACCUGCAGAGGCGUAUUCAAGCGGGGCAUCAUGUCCGUGUCUUGGACACAAGUGCAGAGAAAUCGGAGUAUAAGGGCAAGGAAGGAAUAGUUCUUGAAGUUGUCCACGAUACACUCGUUGUCCUGGAUUCAGUCACAAAAUCCGAGUUCGUUGUAUCAAGUAUUUCUGUCCAGACCCACAUCGUCAAUUGCGGGUUAUCCACUUCCUUCAGUACCAUUAUGCCAACAUCGGCAGCGCUUCCUGACGAUGACACAGCGAUGAGAGGUGAUAAUGUCGUAGUACAAAAAGCGGGAGAUUUUUACUUGAAGACCGGGACAGUAACAGCUGUCGAUGCUGGACUGAAUCAGUUAACUUUCCUUGUCUCGGGUACACGAGACAUUUAUCUGACUGUGCCAGUUCCAUGGACCAGUGUCUCUCCUAAUCUAGCUGCCCUGUGGUUUACCCCGGCGCGCGGAUAUGAUGUGGUGGCCAGAGACGUCAUACGAGUUGUAAGGGGGGCAGCAUGGAACCUAUCGGGCACUGUCCUUAAUGUUGACCUGGGUAACAAAACCUUGACAUUCCAAGGUCCCUACGCAAAGAUCACGAUUCCCAUAACUUAUGCCACCAGGAUCAGCUCAGCAGCUGAGCACGACCCUAUGGAACGGUUCAUCGGCAAGCAAGUAGUCGUCAUUCAUGGGCAUAUGAAAGCACUACGUGGAACACUGCGCUCUCUCAUACGUGAUACGUGUCAAGUUGACCUCUUCCAAGGUCAAAGGCAGCAACUUUCACAAAGCCAUGUCGUCAGUGAAUCAGGGGACCUCCUUAAUGGAGGUAGAUUGUCAAUUGAACAAUUAAAGAUAUUCAUUCAGAUGUUGCGUCAAUUGUAUGUCCAGAGGCCUCCGCGAGCCUGCACCCCACCUCCAAGCCCACCUCCUCCGCAGUCCACCCCUGAACCCCGCCCCAAUCCAUGGUCAAUUGACUUUAGCAUUGAGUCAGAGACUUCUGUAUCUGAAGAAACAUCAUCCACAGCCCCUUCAUAUGAUCCUUGGCGAGUGAAUCCUGAAGACUCGGAGGGGGAGAACAAUUCUGAUAUCCCAGAAUCAUCUCCCACACGAUUCCUGUGCAGUAGCAAAUUAAGCUCAGUACUAGCUCAAUGCCAAUUAGUCUUAAGGGUACUACCAGCACCAAGCGGCACAUGGUAUCAGAAUUACCAUGAUCGCCUAGUUCGUACACUAGUUCCGGAUCUGUUCCUUCUGCCAAGAGGGCCCGUUGCACAUGGAAACAUUGCGGUCAGAUACCUCUCAAGGACAAGGAACAUUGGUGCGAAGGAUGAUGAAAUUCCAAUGUGUUAUGUUAUCGCAGAGCCCCCAACGGGCAGCGGCAAAUGUUUUGUCGUGACAUGUGGAGAUGAUAUCGGGACCGUAUACUUUACGAAGGCGGCAAAGAGGAACGACGCCAUUAUCAUGACGAGGGAAGUCAUUUGA